CUCUUGAUCCUUCACCCCAGAACACUCCUUUAGAUGAUCACUCGGAUGAAGAACUCCUAGACUGGGGUGAAGAGGAGGAUUUCCUAGAGAACGAAUAGGCAGAUGACAAUCCCUAUUUUGAGGAAGAUAGUCUCAAUCUUUUUGAACAUGAUCCACCUCCCGCAAUUGAAGGAGAUGUCCAGAUGAACGAUGCUAUUCCGGACUCAUCUACAGUACACACCGCGGUGCCUGAAGAAACAAGUUCUUUGGAAAGUAUUCCUAAACAACUUCCCCCUGAUAUUAAACAAAUUAGAAGAAGCGAUAGGCCUAAAAAACCAUCUGGACGAUGGAAUGAAGAAGCUGGAUUUGUUCCUCUCCCUCCACGCUCCUCCAAGAAAAAAAUACCUGAGGAUCCUAGAGAAGCUGCUGAUAGCCACCACCAAUCUCUCAAUGAAGCUUCUCAGAAGAUCAAGCGCUCACUCAACUUCCUCAGCGCUAGAGGCCCAAAUCCUGUUGGAGACCCCGACCCCUAA